GCCGUUCCGUUGCCAGGAGCCGUUUAAACAGCCUGAGGGGAAACACAGUGAGAUAACGGAGUUAAUUCACAUUCACUAAAAUCGGCUCUGGAACGAAAUAAUCAGCUAGAAUCCACGGUGCAGUGCCUGAUUGUCCCCCGUGCUGUAACACUAGUUUACACUCUGACGUCGAUUUUUUCUGCAUAAAGUCGCCUUUUCAUAUUGCUCCCAUGGCGGAUUUUGGGUUCAAUGAACAACACCAGAAUGAGGUCAUAAACUACAUGCGCUUUGCUCGCUCCAAGAGGCUCCUGCGACUGAAGACCAUUGACUCGUGCUUUCAGGAACUCAAAGACAGCAGACUGGUUGAGGAAACGUUUACGGUGGAUGAGGUAACGGACAUGCUGGAUGGGCUGCAGGUUGUGGUGCGUGGAGAGGUGGAGAUGGAGCUCAUCAACACGGCUCACACCAAUGUCCUGCUUCUGCGCCAGCUCUUCUCCCAGGCUGAGAAAUUCUACCUGAAAUUGCAGACUGAUAUCUCUGAGCUGGAGAGCAGAGAAUUACUGGAACAAGUAGCAGCAUUUGAAAAGACUGAUUUUCAAACCAACAGCAAGGUAAAUCAUGAAUCCAGCAAACCCAAAUUAGCCCCACUGAAUGAGGGAGGAGUGUCAGAACUGCUCAACAAGGAAAUUUCCAGACUACAAGAAGAGAAUGAUAAACUGAGAGCUAGACUCAGAAUACUGGAAAGUCAGGCCAUGAGUGCCCUUGAUGAGAAGUGUGAGGCUGAGAGGGCCCUAAAUGACCUUCAGAAAAUCCAGGGAGAUCAGCAGGAUGCCAUGCAUGCUCAGAAGAUCUCUGAACUGGAGGACACUAUGGCAGCCAUGCAGGUUGAUUUUGAGAGGACACUGAGCACCAGUAGUGCAUCACAGAAGGAUCUACAGGACAGCCUGGUGUCAGCUAAACAUGAGCUACUCCGUGUUCAAGACCAGCUCGCUCUUGCUGAGAAGGAACUAGAUAAGAAGUUUCAACAAACGGCUGCGUAUCGGAACAUGAAGGAGAUUCUGAAUAAGAAGAACGACCAGAUUAAGGAGCUCAGGAAAAGAUUACAAAGAUACGAGUCUGCUGAGUGAAGUCCUGGACCAAAGAAAAUUGCUUAUGUGAAGGGGUUUUAUGGGCAAAAAGGCACUAAAGUCAAUUUUGGCCUCAACUCUCUAAACAUGGCAAGGGACCAAAGAACGAAACAAAAGAAGGGCAAAAAGGAAGUUUUUAAAUAGGCAUUGCUUUCCUUAAGUUUAUCUUUAACAAGAUCUACCCAUCUGAGUAAAACUGUUGCUGUGCUUAGGGAGGUUUGCUGUAUCUGGGUAUCUUGUAUUCCAUUUUGCAUGAGAUUACUGAAUGUGUGCAGUUUUUAUGAUUGAAAAUGUUUGUGCUUUCUCCACUUAAAACUCUCACUUUGUUA